CCCACCACAAUCACUCACGCUCUGUUUGGAAAGAGGAGGAAGUGUAGGGGGGCGCAAAAUCAAGGGGUAAAUUCCAUUCCCAAUGAUUUUGCACCUGUUUGGGAACAUUUUGAACAGUAGGGGGGCGGGCAGUUAGAGGUGCAAAACUACUGUUUGAACAAGCCCCCCAAAUUGGGGUGGAAGUGGAGAGAGAAAAAUUGACGAGGCUUUCAUUCAUUUUUUUUUUGUUUCUUUCUAAAUUCCUUUUCCUCAAUUUCGUUAGUUAUUUCUUCUCCCAAUCGUCUUCUCCGAUUGUACCCAGGCUGCACUCGUUCCUCCUUCCGCGACGGCAAAGCUGCUCUGCCUUCAGACCGGAUUUCCUCUCCGGCAGCUGCCGUCCUCAAUUCCUAGCUCGUUGGUGGCCUGUAAAACAGAGUAUCUGAAGGCGGGGAAGAUGAAAACAACAACAACGAUAGCAAAAUUGAGUGUCCACCGGCCUGUUGUCCCCUCCGUCGUCCCAGAUCGGAGGACUCGUCCCACAUGCAAAUCCAGAUCAAUAAACCACUCACCUAGAUCUGUUUUGGUCGCAGCUUAGAGCCAUAAAAAUUGGUCGUGUGGUUGCCUGGUGGCUUGAUCCAAAGGACUGAAGAGGCAAGCAGGAGAGGGAUAUUUCCCAAGGUUAGAGACGAAGAAGUGAAGAUGGGAGAAAGAAAAGCUUGUUUUUUUUUUGUGGAAGAGAGAAGGAGAAUUGGGCGGCAACAAUGGGGGAAGGGGGUUGGAUCAGAAAGAUUGGGGAGAGAGAAGAGAGAGUGGGAAGUAAAAAGCUAAAAAGAAUAAGAAAAUCAAAUAUAAUAUUAAUUUUUUAUUACUUUAUUCACUUUUAUAUUAUAAAUAAUAUAUCAACACCUCUAUUUACACCCUCCUACUUUUUCUCCCAAACAACAAUUUGCACCCCAAUUUGCACCCUUUUAUAAUUUGCUCCCUCCAACAAUUUACCCCUCACUUUGCACCCUCCUCGAAUUUGCACCCCCCUUGUUGCCAAACAAAGUGUCAAUAUUGAGAGAUUUACAAUCUUUACUUUUUGUUGAGAUUCUUCACAAUCACAACUUCCAAAUAACCCCUUAACAUGCAAAUGCCAAAGAUUGUGAAACCAUACAGAAAGUUGUAUCGACAAAGGAUUUUAUACAGAAAUCAAAGUUUAAUCAUGGUUCAACAAUUUCAUAUAGCCAAAAAUAUUUAAUUUUCGAAUUGAUUAGAUGUUUUCUUUCUCCUGGUCUUUCUUUUUAAAUUUGAAAAAUGUUUCGGGUUCGCCUAAAAAGAAACUCAGAAAACCUUAAUAAAAGCAAAGCGACAUGUCUUCCACCCACAUUCUCUACUCCACUCCACCCCACCACUAACCCACUCCUCCUCUCCCUCUUCUCUUUUUAUUGGGCCCUCUGUUUCUGUUUCACCAGUGCCUGCAAAUCCAGCGGAAACUUGACUGUCUCCUCCAUUUUUUUUUAUUAAACCCUCCCUUCUCCUUCUUCUCCUCCUCCUCCCUCUUCCUUCCCACCACACAGACUCUCAUUCCCUCCCUAAUCUCUUCAUCACUCUGUUCUUCCCCCCACCUUCUCUAAUGGCUACUCUCUCCGUCGCAGACCCGGACCCCAGGGUUCCUCUCAAACCCGAGUUCCACUUCCCAUCCGAGUUCCCAUACGAGUUUGACUCGUCCCCCGACACUGAUAGCGGCGACGACGAGGACGAUUUCUUCGCCGGGUUAACUCGUCGCCUGACUCAGCAGCUCUCCUUCAAGUCCCAGAAGAACCGGGUUGUGGUCGGGUCGCCCGAGUCGACGCUGAACGGGUUGGGAAGCAUGUCGGUUUCGAGCAACGGGAGCCCCAACGGAGCUUCGUCGCCGACAACCGCCACUACUACGUCCCCGUUUGGUGCUAAAACCGACACGUGGGAUCUGAUUUACGAAGCCGCCGGACAAGUGGCGAGGCUGAAAAUGGCCACCGCCAGCAGCAACGGCGGAGCUUCUAGCAAGAGCUGUAGUAACUUUAAGGGGAUUCCCUCAUCUGGGUCGUUUUACCCUCUCAGCCACAAUAUUCCGCAGCACGUGGCUCAGAAUCAGCAGUUGAGGCACGAACAUGCAGCUCCAAGGGGACAGUUGCAUUUGGUUUGGGAGAGGCAGCAGUUGCAGCAGCAAGUGAAGGCAGCCAACUGGCAGAAAUUUCAGCCGCCGCAGCCGCAGAUCUCUUGCGGUAAAGGUGUGUAUGAAAGCGGAAGAUUUGUUGUCCGGCCGCCGCCUCAGCCGCUGCCCGCUUGGCCGCCGCUUCAAACGAAUCGUGCUCAAUACAACCAAAAUCAAACUCUAUCGAGUUCGAAUUUGGGAACUAGGGCAUCAGCAGGGUAUGUGGGCGGCGGAUUUGGUUCUAGUUCAAAGAGGGAAUGCGCUGGGACAGGGGUUUUCCUUCCUCGUAGAUAUUCGAACCCUACAGUGGAUUCCAAGAAGAAGCCUGCUCCUUCUGCUUGCUCAGCAGUUCUUCUGCCGGCGAAGGUUGUCCAUGCACUCAACUUGAACUUGGAGGAGACGGCGAGUUAUAGCAACCAGGGUCAGUCUCGUAUCAACGCCUCUUUCGCCGCUGAUUAUGCGGCCCUGUUGGCAAGAAGGAAUGCGAUGUUGGCACAGCAGCAACAGAAGAGAGCAAUGCUUGCCGAAAGUGCAUUGAUAAGCCAUGAAAUUGGGGCUGCUCUGCCUCAAGAGUGGACGUACUGAUUCGCAAGGUCUUUGGUUUUGGUGGAACUGGUGAAGGAAGGAGGUAUAGCAAGAAGCAGAAUGAUAGUAGGGAUUAGGGUUUUUUUUUUGGGGCCAUAUUAGGCAACAUUAAUAAGAUGGGUUUUUUUAGACUUUAGUUGAAGGAGAGAACUGAAGAAGUUAUCAAGUUCCUCUUCUUGUUUUUGGGGUGUUGAUUUUGAACCAGGCAGGAGUAGAAGUGGGAGAAGAUAGUGAAGAAUGAAGAUGAAGAAGGGGGGUAAUUUUGUUUGUAAUAAUGUGGGUAUCAUUAGUAAUAAACUAGAGUGGGGUAUUUGUUAGUUAUUAUAUUAAUUAUUGGUUUUGAUGUCCUUUAGGGAACAGGAAGGGAAGGUUCUUUGUAAUCCAAGGGGAAAAGAAAGAACAGUAGAAAAGAGGGAAUGGAGACAUCUUAAAUCUAUAAGUUCUUCUGUUAUCUCUCUCAGUCUCUCCAGGAGCUCUCUAGGCUCUGUUUAGGAUCCAGUAAUGUCUCUCUCAAGACUCUGUAAAAUGGUGUUACUUUCCAGUUUUUACCAUUACUAUUUACUACCCUCUUCCUCCCCUAGGCGGACUGUAAAAUUCUAAUAAAGGUUGAAAAUGAAAGAAAGGGAAUUUCCUUCUUUUUUUUUUUUGAAUGGUUUGGCGUGUUGGGUUGUGCUCUGCUUUUCCUAUUUUUUACUCUGCUUCGUCUGUUAGCUUUUUUACUUUGUUGAUGUCGCCGAGGCAGAGGGCUGGGGUCUUUGAACCAAGAAAGUGAAAGGGCAAGAAGAAGAAACCAAGUGGAUCCAAUAUGUUGUUGGGUUGUAACUUGUACCUUUUAAUGCAGGCCGGCUGGCUGCUUCUUUGACCAUAAUAGUUUAACUUUAACAAGUUGCUCUCUCUCUCUCUCUCUCGUUCUCGUUGGAAUAUCUGUAAACAAAAGGGGAAAAGAAAGAAUGGGUUGCUGCAUGCAGAGAUUAGGAGACAAAGUGACAUGCUCUCAACUUCCUUGGGCUCUGUGUUAUUAUUAACAGUCGUGAGAGUUUAACUUCGAAAUCUGCACCAACACUAGGGAGGUUUCCAAUACUACACACUACCACUUCAACUUUUUACAAAAUAAAAGGCUAGUGGUAUAAUACUCCUAUUAUUCAUGUUACUCAAAACUUAUCCUUUUGGUAUAAGUGAAGAUUGUAAAAAUAAUAGCAUUUGUGUUUGCAGAUAAAAUUAUAGCUCAAACUGUUCAGAUUCCGGAGUUAUAAAUUAUAAUGCUAUGAAUUCGCUUCUUAAGGCACCUACCUCUCAUUUUUUAUAAGAGUAAACUUAAUUUGUUUCAAAAUGUUGUCAUGUUAUAAAUAUCGUGAUAAAGUCAUGAUCGAUUGAUUACUAGAGCGAAUAACAAAACACCGGAUAAGCUCAAGUGAUGAGUUUUUUUUUUUUUGCCUUGAUCUACACCGAUAUUUGUAUUAAAGAAAGGAGAGGGUUGAGGGGGAAAGUGGAAAAGGGCGGGCAAAGGUGAAAUGGGUUGCUGCUGCAAAUUAGCUUUGCUUCAGCUUGAAGCACCAGAUUUCGUAAUACAGAAACAAUCAAAUCCAAUCCAAUCCUCCUCUGUUCAUUUUUGCUUUUUAUUUUAUAUCUUACUUUGGAUCCAGUUGUUCGAGUACAACAGGACUGAUGUGUUGUGAACUGAGAUUGGAAUUGGAUGGACCAUUUGGGUUCAUGAAACGCAAUUUUGAAGCUAAUAAAUAAAUAUUUUUUUU